AUGAUGACGAUGUGCCGUCUGCUGUGCGCCCUGUUGGUGCUCGCCCUGUGCUGCUGCCCGUCCGUGUGCGUGACAACAACUGAAGAUACAGCUGGUAAAUCUGGAAAAGAUUCCGGUUCACCAAAUUCUGAGCCAGACGAGCAAGAUCAUGUGACGGAAUCGCCCAGUGCAACUUCUCCUUCGCAAAAGACAAGAGAGGGAGAGAGAGAGACUAAACAGACAGAAACUACGGUGACUCAUACGUUAGAGACAACGAGUACAGUAACCGAAACGGCAGAGUCACAACGUAAUCUGAAUAAGAAACAGGAUCAGGAAGGGCAAUUAAGCAAGGAACAGGCAGAACAUUCGGGUACCGUUACGGUAAAAGAACAAAAUGAGAAACCAAACGCGCUAACUACGACCACGACGACAACGACAAAGGUGCCAACUACAACCACGACCACUACGACAACCACGACUACCACCACGACUACAAAGGCGCCAACUACGACGACCACCCGCGCACCGUCACGUCUUCGCGAAGUCGACGGCAGCCUCAGCAGCUCUGCGUGGGUGUGUGCCCCGCUGCUGCUCGCCGCAUCCGCGCUGGCGUACACCGCUGUGGGCUGA